GGUCAGACGAUUGACCGGGCUUGGCUUUAGAGAGAUUCCUAAGGAACCGCUAUAGACUAAAAUUAAAUCAGCCCUUUCGCAGUUGGGAGAACCUGCCCUCCUGUCACUCGCUCGGGAUCAUGAUUACGUGCCGACGAAAUUGCCACGUAGAAAAUGAAAGACACUGAUAACGGACAAAAGCAGAACGCUUGUGCUCACGAUUACAGUUUAAAUAACAUACGCGUCACGCGUCCCUCUUCGCAUUGACCCCUGCUUAUUGCAGAUAAAAGCACCAACCAAGAAAUGCCAUAACAUAACGAAAUGGCUCCUUCGUCCUGUUCUCCUUCUUCUUCCAAGUCUCCCUCGUCACCUCCUCCGCCAUCUCGCCCUCCUCCGAUAUUCGCCGCUAUUCAAGAACAGGAGGAAGAUGAGUAUCGUGUGGACAGAAGCCAGAGCAGAGCAACCCCAAGUGUUGAUAAAGGUCUAACUCCAAAGCAUCAUCCUCCAACCCCCUUCCCCCAGACCGACAAAGUUUGCAAACCCGUUCACAAGAAACGGUCUGAAUCUGUGUGGUCCAUCGACGGAGAAGAUGGCUCCGUCUCGUGCAGCAACUGCCGCCCACAUUCUCGUGAGAAAAUUUCCGUCGUUCCCUUAGAUAACAAUGGGCCAAACAAGCAUUCGCCAAUAUUGGCAAGCCCAAACGGGAUUUUCAAGUCCAUAUUUUCAUCGCUUGCGCGCAAGAGUCCAAAGUCCCCCAAGGCUUUGUCAACAGCCAGAGAGGAACAGUGGAAAACUGCGCUGUCGGAACUCUCACACAAGUUGAUUCAAGCUACUAGGAAAAGAGACGAGGCUAUUUCAGAAUCUUAUAGGCUCAAAUACUCCAUGGCUGAAUUAGAGAAGAAACUGAACAAACUAGAGGUGUAUUGCCACAAACUAAAAUCUGGGCUCGACGACUGCAGUAACAAUUCGCCGUACAGAUUGGCUAAGGCCCAAAAUUCCCAUGAAAACGACGUACUCGAGCACUUUAUGGUCGCACUAUCGGAAGCCCGGUCUUCGGUAAGGUACCUAAGCCGCGCUCUCGUUAUGCAACUAAGGCACAUGGGAGGCAAAGUGUACGAGAGAGUAUCCUUUCUUCUCCAGCCUUACGAUAUUAAAAUCUCGUUCUCGAACAACUCGAGGAGCUUGCUUUUCUACUUAGAAGCCCUGUUAAAUAAAGCUUUCUUCGAGGACUUUGAAUCAGUGGGGUUCCAAAAGAACGCGUCGAAUUCCAUACUGAACCCAGAGGAACGAUGCGAGGCAAACUUCGCGUCCUUUAACAUGCUUCAUGGGUUGACAUGGGAAGAGGUGCUCAGCAAGGGGACGAGACACUUCAGCGAAGAGUUCAGCAGAUUCUGUGAUAGGAAAAUGAGUGAAAUAGUGGCAAUGUUGGGUUGGAACAGAGCUUGGCCAGAGCCACUCUUGCAAGCUUUCUUCAGCGCAUCCAAGAGCGUCUGGCUGGUGCACUUGCUGGCCAACUCGGUCCACCCAAGCUUGCCUAUUUUCAGAGUGGACAAAGGAGUGAGGUUUGAUUCAGCUUACAUGGAUGACAUGAGCGGAGACAAAGGUGCCAAGUUAGUCCCAAGCGUGGUCCGGAUAAUGAUUUCACCGGGUUUUUAUGUCUACGGUAGUGUGGUUAAGUGCAAGGUGCUUUGCAGGAACUUUAGCAGUAAUGGCCACUAUUGCAGUAACAUCGAAGAUAAAGGUUCUACCCCGUCACCUUAAGAUUUAAUCUUUUGAUAUUUGAAUCUGAAAUCGUCAGAAAGGGACAACUGGAAAGUUUUCUAUUGUUACUUUGUCUUUUGUUAUAUUGCACUGGGGCCGAUCAGAGGCGGGUUCGUCUUGUUUGUCAAAUGCAUGCUGUGUUAAAGAUAAAGCUUGGGAUGUGUCAAUAAUCGAGAUUUUUAGGUCAAAUGGACGAUUUGGCUUCAUCCGGUUUCUCCUUUGAUAGCGGUCCUAUUUUGUCCAUUCUCUUUUGGACUUUACGAGUUUGUUUCAUCCAUAAAUGGAGAUCUUAAAAUGCUAAUUAGAUUAAGAUCUCAAAGGCAAGUGGGUGAGAUUCUCGAGGGUUUAACAUUUGGAUUGUGGAUGAAGAGAUUCUAAAGGUGUGAUAAAAAUAAAUAAUGGGUAUUAUUUACUUCGAUUUCACGUAUUUUUAACCGAGGCAAGGGAUUAAGGCUGGUUAUCGUGCCUAUGCUACCAUUUGGAUAUUGUUUUUCUGGUUGCAACUGUAACCUCGAAUAUUUCUUCUUCUCUGCUGAUAAUUCUCGUAGCUAAUGAAGACCGCACGAUGAGGAAGUCAGAGUAGCCGCGUGAAUGCAAAUACGAGCUUCUCGUCAAGUUGAUUGAUGGUACUCCCUCUAUUUUUAUUUUGCCAGAGAAACUGUCAUUUUUUUUAAUUUGUAU